CUCAUUAAAUUAUUUCUCCCCCCCUCCCUUCCAAACAACUCCAAGUCUACCCCUUUUCAGGCAAAAACGUGAAAGUAAUUAUGAAAUCAACGCUAUUUUCUCCUUCCUAAUCAAGUUUAUUAAUCACAGUUGGAGUAGAGCAAUUCGGAUUAUCUGGUGGUAAUCUGCAGUGGACUUACUCGCCCGAGCUGCUGAGCUGGGCUCGGGGGUUAGGGUUUUUGGAUCGUUGCAUGUGAUGGUGGAGAAAUGGCGUCGACGAUGAACGGAAGACGACGUCAUAAACGGCCGUACAAGGAUCGAUACGUGAACGUGCCAUUUCAAGUUGACGAAGACGGCUCCGCCGGCGGCUUUGACGCCGACGACAUCGGCGCCGUUGACGAACGGAUCAAUAGCGGCGCUCGGGAGAUGCGAGCUGUCAACUCCAUGCCAAUAGCGACUAUACUAACUAGCCCCGGCGGAGCUCCCAUGGCAUCACGGACUAGUGAGCUCACCAUCUCUUUCGAAGGCGAAGUCUAUGUUUUCCCUGCUGUUCCUCCCGAAAAGGUGCAGGCGGUACUUUUGCUAUUGGGAGGGCGUGAUGUACCACGUAGUAUACGUAGUUCUGAAUUUCUGUUGCAACAAAAUUGUAAGACUACAGAUGAUGGUUCCAGUCAACCAAAUGUGUCUAGACGAAUUGCGUCAUUGGUUAGAUUUCGUGAGAAGAGGAAAGAGAGAUGCUUUGAGAAGAAGAUUCGGUACACUUGCAGAAAAGAAGUUGCACAGAGGAUGCAUCGGAAAAAUGGACAAUUUGCCUCUUUAAAAGAUGCAGGAAAAGCUGCUGAAAAUUGGGAGUCAGGCGAAGUCACUCCUCAUCAAGAACAUGUUUCACGCAGGUGUCAACAUUGUGGGGUUAGUGAAAAAUCAACUCCAGCAAUGCGACGGGGGCCAGGAGGUCCAAGAACUCUCUGCAAUGCUUGUGGAUUAAUGUGGGCUAACAAGGGAACUUUGCGGGAUCUUACUAAGGGAGGACGAAGUGCAUACUUCGACCAAAGCGAUCCGGAAACUCCAGAGAUGAAGGCUUCUAGCAUGGAACCUGAAAAUUCAUAUCAUAACCAGGAUGAAGAGGGAAGUUCAGAAGAUGCAAAACCCAUGUUUGUGGAGUCUGGUUGCCCUUCACUUGGACCAAAUGCGCAGGAUUUGCUGGAAACUGCUCAAGGACUUAGUGGUGAUUCUCCUGUUGGAUUAGGAAAUUCAUCAAUUAACCUGGAUGAACAGCAGGAGACUUUAGAUGAACUUGCUAAUGCUUCGGGGACGGAAUUCGAGAUUCCUUCGAAUUUUGAUGAGCAGGUUUGGCUUUCUAGCAACGCAGAUCUUGAGUAGAUGGGUAGCGGAGCAUGUGCCGUCCAAAGGUGGUGAAUUAGUUUAGCUAAUCAUGUACAGUUUUGAUCAAAGAUGGUGAAUGACUAAUUGGAUACAUGAGCGGUGGCUUUUUCUUGAUCUAUAGGGAGGAAUGAGCUGGCCUCUAACUUGUACAGACGCUUCUGUCCAUAAUACUAAAAGCGUAUGCAUGUAUCGGAGGAGUUGCUGAACAUUUUAUAGAAUAUAAUUGAUGAUUGUCUGAGUGACCAAGAUUCUUUC